UCACGGCUUUAAUCAGCUGCUCUUGGAUGUCAGUACAGCCUGCACCCACACAAGGCCUUUGCUAAUAGCACUGGACACUCGCGUUUCAGAGAUUUCAUAUCCUGUUAAAUUUUAUCGUAUUUCACUCGGGUAAAAGAGCAGACAUGGUUUCUGUUAAAUAUGCAAAUUAGCUGGUGCGUAACUUGUGAUAUCUUGAGGAAGCCUGGAGUGAUAACGCGGUACACUUGACAGGCGGCUCCGUUGACGCUCACGGGUUUCUUCAUCAUAUACGCCGAUUCGUGCAAUGGGGAGCCUCUGUCUUGCAAACAGCCGACAUUUUGUGCGACAGAUUUUUCCUGGUUUUCUAAGCAUGCUGAGCCGCCAGUACAGCCUGAAUAUUCCCGCCGAGCUGCUGCGGACUCAGGGCUUCAUCAAUGGCGGCUGGGUUUCGGCCUCGUCCUCGUUCCCCGUGCUGGAUCCAGCCACUGGACAAGAACUGGCCCAGGUCUCGGACUGUGGACCUCAGCAAGCUCAGGAAGCGGUUAGAGCCGCGUAUAAAGCUUUUCACUCAUGGAAAACUCAGACUGCAAAGGAAAGGAGCCUUCUGCUACGGAAAUGGUUUGAUUUGGUCAAUCAGAACAAGGAGGAUCUGGCCAAGCUUAUUACAGCAGAAUGUGGCAAGCCCAUGAAGGAAUCACUAGUUGAGAUUGCAUACUCUGCAUCUUUUCUUGAAUGGUUUUCUGAAGAAGCUCGCCGUGUCUACGGGGACAUCGUGGCACCAGCAGCCAAGGACCGCAAGAUACUUCUGCUUAAACAGCCAGUGGGCGUAGCCUCUAUAAUUACACCAUGGAACUUCCCCAGUGCCAUGAUCACCAGAAAGGUGGGAGCGGCCUUGGCGGUCGGCUGUACUGUAGUGGUGAAGCCAGCUGAAGACACGCCCCUUUCUGCUCUAGCACUUGCUGAGCUAGCAGCACAGGCCGGAAUCCCUCCUGGAGUGUUUAAUGUGGUACCCUGCUCCAGGGAGAAGGCCCCUUCUGUUGGCGAAAUCCUCUGCACUGACCCUCUGGUGGCUAAAAUCUCAUUCACUGGCUCCACUGCCACUGGCAAGAUACUGCUGAAGCAUGCUGCAGAAACCGUAAAGAAAGUGUCAAUGGAACUGGGUGGACACGCUCCCUUCAUCGUCUUUGACAGUGCAGAUGUGGACAAAGCUGUAGCCGGGGCAAUGGCCUCCAAGUUUAGAAACUCAGGCCAAACCUGCAUAUGCUCCAACCGCUUCCUGGUGCAAAGUGGGAUCCAUGAUGUGUUUAUUGAGAAACUGGGGAAAGCCAUGGAUGCAGAGCUGCGCAUGGGCCAUGGGUUUGAUCCGGCAACCACACAGGGGCCUCUUAUCAACAGCCGUGCUGCUGAGAAGGUGGCACAUCAGAUCACAGAUGCUGUUUCCCAUGGGGCUGUAGUACUGAAAGGUGGGAAGAGACUUGAGGGAUCUUUCAUGCAGCCUACACUGCUGUCCAAUGUCACAAGUGACAUGCUCUGUAUGCAAGAGGAGACUUUUGGUCCUCUGAUACCAGUUCUCAGAUUCAACACAGAAGAGGAGGCUCUUGCCAUUUCUAAUGCAUCGUCGGUUGGAUUAGCAGGCUAUUUUUACUCUCAGGACCUGAGUCAGAUCUGGCGCGUGGCUGAGCAGUUGGAGGUGGGAAUGGUUGGGGUAAACGAGGCUCUUCUCUCUACACCAGAAGCCGCUUUUGGUGGGGUUAAACAAUCAGGCCUGGGCAGAGAGGGCUCUAAAUAUGGCAUUGAUGAAUAUCUGGAAGUGAAGUACAUGUGUUUUGGUGGGCUUAAUAUCUAAGCGUGGUUCUGCUCAUUUUUGUUCUUGCUGAAUAAAAGGCAAUAAUGAAAGCACAUCACUUAGAUCACUGUGACUCAAACCAUUAGUUGUGUUCAGAAUAAAAUAAAUGGGGAUUACUAGGAUGUGUCAAGUGAAAAGCACCUUUUUGAAACAGGACAUUAACGUACAAAUUUUCCUUCGUAUAUGUUUAUGAUCUUUCUGCUAAUAACAAAUAGGAAGAAAAAUACUUUUUAGCACAAUGUAUGAUGAAAACACAUCCGCAGUACUGAUCUCACUUCGUCCUCUUAAUAUUCACCAAGUAAACUGCAUUGGAUUGUAUAUGUUCCGAGCCUAAAUACAUAGUUUCAUACAUUCCUCUUUUUUGAAUCCCUGAUGAGGUUUACUUAACAGUGAAAAGGCACAAGACAUGUUGAGAAUUUUAUAAAAAUAUGGAUAAUCUUCCUAUUAAAUGUACAAGUUAAAAUCAUUGUUAAAUGGUGUUUCUGCAGUUGUAUGGCUAAUAGUCUUGUGAACAAUUGUUAUUAAGGGUUUUAUUUUCGUAAAAUUGUUUACUACCUUUUGAUAAAAAAAAAAGGCUAACAGCGAUGAACUAAUAUAUAUAAGAAAAAAUAUAAUAUUUAUGGUCUGAGAAAUAUUGUGUUGUCAAAAAUUCUUAAAGUGCCGUGGAUCUGUGAAGUGUUUUGUGCCUUUUUUCUUUAAAUGUGAUUUGCUGUAUUAAUAUAUCUCUACAUGUUGUCCAUAAAUGAAAAAGUGUCAUGUGAUUCUCACAAAUCAGAAUCCUUUGUCAGGUGAAAAGAAUAUGGCGGUCGGACUGCAAACAAAAAACGACAUGAAAAAUAAACCCGAUUUUAACAGUA